CUUGAAUCAGUGUAUCUCUUAACGGCUUGGCUGCAUGAUGAGGGUUUUGGUCCUUUUGGUAUUGGGCCUCGUGGCUUUGGCCUCGGCCGGGCUGACAACAGAAUUGGACGAUCAUUUGCUUGGUACCCUGGACGUUAAGAACAGACAAAUUUUAAUUUUAAAGCUGCUGAAUCACAUCACGGAACCGUGCAUGUACAAGGAGAUUAUAGAUAUCGGCAGAAACUUCAAGAUUGAAGAAAACAUCAACCUGUACACGAAAACGGAUGUUGUAAAAACUUUUAUCCGCUACAUGAAAUUAGGUAUGCUUCCACGUGGUGAGGUCUUUACGCUCCAUGUCGACCGUCAGCUCAAGGAAGUAAUCUCCAUGUUCCAUAUGCUUUACUAUGCCAAGGACUUCGGUACCUUCAUCAAGACAGCCUGCUGGAUGCGCCUAUAUUGCAACGAGGGCAUGUUUGUAUACGCGCUCACCGUAGCUUGCAGACAUCGCGAAGACUGCAAAGGAAUUAUCCUACCUCCUCCGUAUGAAAUCUAUCCCUUCUUCUUUGUCCGCGGUGAUGUCAUCCAGAGAUCUUACUUGCUGAAAAUGAAGAGAGGCCUCCUUGACCAAAAGCUUUGCGAUCUCUAUGGAAUCAAGAAAACAGAAAAAGAUGUCUAUAUAAUCGAUGAAAAUAUUUUCGACCGACGCGUUAACCUUAACGCAGAAGACAGACUUCGCUAUUUCACAGAGGACAUUGACCUUAAUACAUACUACUAUUACUUCCAUGUGGACUAUCCAUUCUGGAUGAAGGAUGAAAUGUACGACAAAUUUAAGACAAGACGUUUUGAACUCACACUAUACGUCUACCAACAGAUCCUUGCCAGGUACUACUUGGAGAGACUUUCUAACGGACUCGAUAAUAUAAGAACUCUGUCAUUGGACAAACCUAUCAGAAAAGGUUACUGGCCAUGGUUACAACUACACAAUGGAGUGCAAAUGCCAAUAAGACACAAUAAUUACGUUAUAAUCCGUGAUGAGAAUAUUGAACUGUUGAGUCUAGUUGAAACUUACGAACAAAUUAUCAAAGAAGCUAUAAUCAAGGGCUAUAUUACAAUUAAUGGAAUCAGAUUAGAACUGACUAAACCUGAGGAUAUUGAAGUUCUUGGUAAACUCAUUUACAGCAAGGUUGAAAAGAAUGAUCUAAAAUCGUUGCAUGUUGAAGCUUACCGUUACCUCCUUAUUGUCCUGAAGUCUGUUUUAGGGCUUGGAACUUUCGCUGAAGACAAAUAUUUUGUUGUUCCCACCGUUUUGGAUGAAUAUCAAACGGCACUUCGUGACCCGUUGUUCUACCAACUUCAAAAACGCCUCGUGGGUUUCGUUCAACUCUUUAAACUUCGUCUGCCUAGUUACACCAAAGAGGAAUUGUACUUCCCUGGAGUAAAGAUCGAAAACGUUGUGGUUGAUAGACUCAUAACAUACUUUGAUGACUAUCUUAUGGAUAUGACCAAUGCUGUGAAACUAACGGAAGAUGAAAUCAAGAAAACCACCUCUGAUAUGAAAAUAUUAGUACGCAAACGCCGUCUUAAUCAUCAGCCUUUCAAAAUCACUUUGGACAUAGAAUCUGACAAAGCCGCAGAUGCUAUUGUAAGGAUUUACUUGGGACCUAAAGAAGACAACUUAGGUCGCCUCAUUGAUAUCAAUAAAAACCGUUUAAACUUUGUCGAACUGGAUAGCUUUCUUUACAAACUAGUUACUGGCAAGAACACGAUCGUCAGGGAUUCAAAAGACAUGCAUAAUCUGGUUAACGACCGUAUCAUGACACAUGAUCUAUGGAAGAGAAUUGAGACAAUCACUGACCUAAGGGAUCUUUUUGUCAAAGACUUAAGGAACUACCCCACUGGAUUUCCUACAAGGUUGCUUCUUCCCAGGGGCCACGUUGGCGGUAUGAAGAUGGUCCUCUAUGUGUGCGUGACACCUUUGAGGUUAGUCGACAAUGUUGAUCUCAACAUUUUAGAUGUCAACCGCAAAAGCUUAGUAGUAGACUACAGAUCUACGGUAUUGUUAGAUAAGAUGCCACUUGGCUUCCCUCUUGAUCGUCAUAUUGACGUGACUAGAUUCUAUACUCCUAACAUGAAGUUUGUAGACGUGAUGAUCUUCCACAAGAAGCAGACAUGUGACAUGAAGACUCGAUGGGAACGUUAUGUACUGAAGAACUACAAUAUGUUAGAUUCAAGUUCUUUGUUUGACAUUGAUUUUGAUGUCCAUCAUGACAACUUCAGGAAUGCAGACCAAGUCUUUCUGGACACUGACAUAAACACUAAGAUCAACCGAAACCUGAACUUGGUGGAUGAUUGAGCAGCAUCGCAUAUAAUAAAGUAGAUAUUUUUGCACCAUGGAGCAUAAAAAUUUUACAAUAAAAUAAAGAGCAAUUUGUCAUAUUAAA